GAAGACGAAGAAGCAGAAGAAGCAGAAGAAGGUGCCCAUGGACAUGUGGACGACGGGCCAGAUCUGGGCCGCCGCCGUCGCAGUCGCCGAGGCCGGCAUCGCUGUGCCGCUCGAUGUCUGGCGCAGCCUUGCGGUGAGCAUCCGCCUGCGUUGGCAAGCGACCAAGAGCUUGCCGCACGACGACGGCCAUCUGCACUUUCUCACGGUGCUCCGGGCGAUGCAGGCCACGCUGACACCGGCCCGCCCAUCGCCGCCGACCGCCGCCACCGACGGGCUCUCCAACACGUUCGAAGCACUGGCGCUGGACGACGACGACGAUGCGAUCGAUGCUUGUAUGCCAGCGUUUGAUGUCGCUGCGUUUCUGCCGCCCGCCGCGCCGACGCCGCAAGAGACGGCCCUUGCGCAGCUCGAAGCCGACCAGUUCCGCGCCACGUGCUUUCUCCAGGACCUCGACGAGCUCUUGGACGAGGUCGACGCUGUCUGGACCGCGUUCGAAGCAGGCCAUACGUCGCUUGUCGCUGCGACGAUCGUCACCAACCACGUCGUCCACGUCGCCCAGUCGCUCGCGUCGGCGCUGACUCUCGAGCUCCCGUACCUCGACUCGAUGGGCAAACUCGACGUGCUUGUUGACAACAAUGACGCGCUACGGUCACUUGUGCUCCAACAUAAUGUAGACAUCGGUACGGCCGUGGGGUCUUGCGAGUCUGGCCGCCACAUCACGUUCCGCAUCAACGCGUACGAGGACUUUACGAUGGAGAAGCUCACGCAGUCCGCGUCGCCGCCCAUGAAGGCGCUCCUAGAGCUGGUUGUUGGCAAUACGACGCCGCGACGACUGGUGCAGACACGGCACGGCAGCGAUCUCUGCAGCGUGCACUACGCGUUCGCCUACCAAAACGACUUGAAAGACAACGUCGCGCUCGAUCGAACCUCGAUGCGUUCGAUGGCGCAUGCAUUUGUCGUCAAGGUCGAGCCUCAGGUGCAGGCUGUCAUUCGCACGGGUGUGCUCUCGCUUCUGUCCGAGUCGGCGGCCUUGAAUCCGAUGUGGCUGCUCUUGCAACAGCACAGCCUCAGGCGUCCGAGCCGCCUCGCCGCCGACGUUGACAUGGCGCUCGUCGUUGCGACGCAUUGCCUUUUGAAAGCCAUGAUGCUGGUCGACGACGCCUCGCUCGCAUCCUUGGUGACGCAGGCGCUCAAGCAGCAGUACAAGUCGGCCCUUGUGCGCAGCCAGAAGAACGAGACUUGCGGGGCGCCUUUGCUCGAGAACCUCCUCGUAUGGUUCAGUGCGAUGGUGCGCGUGGUGAACGCGGUCGGCAUCUUUCCAUCGGACGCAGAGCGCGAUCUGUGCUGGCUCAACCCGUACAUGGCCGGCCACUUCCUCCUCACCUCGUCGACGGUCUUCAAUGGCCACGUCGCGAUCUUGCUCCUCAACGACGUGGGCCAAGGCCGGCUCGUGCUCCAUCUGUACAACGCACUGCGUAUCCAGAAUCGGAUUGCGCCCGUGAUUGAGCUCGAUAUGCUGCUCGACUUGCUUGGCAUGGACAAGCAGGCGUUCCCGACGGGCAUCCCGACGACGCCAGGGACCUUCCUCGCCGCGUACGAGCUCUCGAGCGGCUUGGCCUUGAACGCUGUGACCAAGGCCUCGCGCGCGCCACCCGACCGUGUGCUUGAGACGCUGCGAGCGAACGCAGCCCACCGUGAGAAGCAAGAUCGGCGCAGCAAUCUCCAGAAGGCUCUCGGACGAUCCAUCACGCCCAAUCGCAAAGUCAUGGGCUCGACCUUCUCGGACCUGAGUCGCGCGUACCAGUACGCCACCUCCAUGCAGCCGCUGCCUGUGCGCGAGGGCGGGACGCUGCCCGAUCUUCGCGAACUCUGGCGUGUGGCCGACGACGAGUGGCGCCGGUUUAUCCAGCUGGAUUUGAUGGCGAUGAGCACCAUCUUGACCGACGUGGCCAAAGAUAUCGCGGCCAAAGCGACACCGCUCAUGGCCAAGAUGCCCGAAUGCUCCUCACGAAUUGCGAUCUCGGCAACCUCGACUGGGCGUUGA